AUGGAUGAUCUUACUGGAACUCAUUUGCAAGAAAUGAGGAAUUUGAACGGAGAGAUGUCCAUCAAUAAUCCUAGCUUAAAGUCUGAAAAACGUAUCCUCAUAAGUCCAUUAAUAAGGUAAGUUUUGAUUCGUAAUGGUGAACAAUGUCGUAUAGCUUUCUUAUUCAACAAAUUCAGUACGUAACUAAUUUUUUUGCACAAAUAAAAAUAUUUCGUCUAAUAAGUCUGUAUGGAUCCGGUAACCAGUCGAGUCUUUCGAGACACAGAGACUCAGAGUUUAAAUCGGGUCAACGUGUGUUUCAUUGAUUUUUAUGUCAAUUCCAGGGCUGUCCGCCGUGGUCUUCGUAUAACAGAGAAAUAUCUGAAUGAACAGAAAGAUGUUGAGAAACUGAAAGUCACCGACACAGAUAUAACUGGACGAAAUAUCUUUCAUCUCAGUGUUCAGCGAGAGGAAUUGCUAGAGUUUGUGUUGGAAAAGUUUGAAAAGGUUUGAUCUUGAACUGCGAUCACACGAGAUCAGAAUCGUAUGCAAAUUUUUUCAGCUUCCAUUUGGGAGCCAAAGUUAAUCAGCCUGGCAUUAUUUUGACAUACCAUUGAUACGAGUCUUCGUUUUAUAGCAUGAUCACCUGAUCCAAGCGCUCUUCAGCGAAGACGUGAAUGGUUAUACUCCUGCUCAUAUUGCUGUCUUACAUAAUGAGAGAAAGGUAGCAAAGUAUCGACGUCUUUCAUAG